AUGAAAUUCACCGAGAAGAAAUUUCGGUUCUUCAAUUUGCGAUCCAAGAAAGAGGGAGAAACGAGAUCCUCUCUGGAUACUGCGUCAUCUUGCAUUUCGACAGCGGGCUCUCUGCGAGAAACUUCAAAUUGGCUGCGAGGUUCCGGGAAGAACGUUCAACUAGCUUCUGUGAAUGAGCAGACCGCAGAGCUCCUCAAGACUACAAACCACAUUAUUCAUCAACUCCAUGAAACUCAGCGCCUGCGUGGUAUCAAAGACAGAUUUUUGAGCUCCAGAGAUAAGACGUGGAUUGAUACCACGGUUCAAGAUGUUGAAGAUGCAGUCCACGAUGUUUCGAUUUUACUCGAACCCACCCGUGUUGAGCUGGAAACGGGAGAUGGAAGACUGAGCCUCACAAGGCAGCUCCGGUGGGUGUACCGCGAUAGCCAACGGGCCAGAGAUAAGAGCCAUCGGUUAUUGGCCUGCCAUUCGAGCUUGAUUGCAGUUUUGACUCAUCUUCAGCGAUUGGAUGCUCCGGAGCGAGCCGCUGUACAAGAGGUACAUGAGCUUGGAGCAGAAGUUCCAUCAAAAAGUACCAUCUACUCUUGCUCCAGUGUGCAGGAAUCCGUCUCUGUUCUCAGCGAGUCCGGGGGUAAAUGGAAUAAAAGUGUCGUGGCACUGUCUUCCAAUAAUGAGAUGCACGACCUACUCGCCUGGCGUCAAUCGAGAGGAACUGCUUCAUGA